UCGGCGGUCUACAUACCUAUUACAGGGGAUCGAAUAAAAUCAAUACUAUUGCAGUGAUGUAUUCAUUGGUCUUUUUAAAAUGAGAACGUGACAAAACUUUAGUUUUUAUUCAUCGAAAAUACUAUUUUAAUUAUAAAGUCUGUUGAAGCUCGAUGCUCAUUUAUUAUUUAUUUACAUAGUGAUGAAUAUUUUCAUAGUUACGGCGUGGUAGAACAUUCUGCGUUGAUCGUCUAUUUUAAUGCAAAAUAUUAACUGUUAAAGAUUCUUGUUGUUUGAAGAAAAAGAUAUACAUUAUAAUAUACAAGGGUUAUUUGUAAGGAAAAAUGGAGGAGUUGAAUGGGGAUCUUUAUGGGGAUGGCCUUGUGAGUCUCGGGGAUGAAGGAUCAUUGGAAUCUACCGAUAGUGGGAAGCAGGACCAAAGUUGCACGAUUUGCGACAAUAAGCUGUGCAGUCCCCGGGUGUUGUCAUGCCUACAUGUAUUCUGUGAAACAUGUAUAGAUAAGCUGAUGGUAAACGAAGCAGGUGAUACUUUGAAAUUUGAUUUAGCUGUUGAAUGUCCACUAUGCAAACAAGAAACCAAGAUUCCUGUGGGGGGAGCAGCAUCUUUACCUUCUGAUUAUGUGAUUACAAACAUUUUGGAUGUGUCUUCAAUGGAUCAGUCUGUUGUUUGCACCUGUUGCAAGAGCAAAGAACCAGCUGUAGCUCGAUGCACUGAUUGUUCCCACUUCCUAUGCUCAAACUGUAAUUCUGCACAUGAGUUUAUGCGCUGUUUCGAAAACCAUAGAGUUGUCCCAUUUGACGCGCUUCGGUCGUCUAAGGAAAAAUCUGCUGUUCAUAAACCGAUAUUCUGCAGCCGCCAUGUUGGUGAGAGCCUAAAACUGUAUUGCUGUGACUGCGAAGUAGGUGCUUGCACCGAGUGUCUCACAGUAGAUCACAAAGUUGGUGAACAUCGUUGCGAGCGCAUAGUUGAUGCUGAGCCGAAUCUCCGAGCCGAAUUGCGUAACUACAUAGUAGAAGCAAACGCGCGUGCUGUAGCCGCUGGUGGGGCUUCAGCCCGGCUAGACGAUGCCCUGGGAGACCUACAACGCCAACGCGAUGAAGCCGAGAGCCUUAUUAAUGAAGCUUUUCAUGCCUAUAAAGCUGCUCUAGAAAGGCGCCGUGAGACAGUUCUAGAAGAACUCGAACGCUUACACAAAGAGAGAGAACUGAAGGUUAUGGAUCUAUUCGACCGCGUGGACAAGACCGUUCAACGUAUUGAUUGCGCUUGCAAGUUCACCACACGGCUGUUGAGACGCGGCGACGGCACCGAGAUUGUGAUGCUUAAGAAGACCGUGGCUUCCCAAUUUGCACGCCUGUUAGAAGGGGCUCCGGAAUUUGAUGUCGAUUUCUCUUUGGAGUUCGUGACAAAGACGGAUAAAUUCGACUCUAUAACUGAAGAUACUUUUGGAGCUUUCCGGACUGAAGUAACUAUGGCGGAGGAAAGGAAACGAUUAAGCGAAUCCUCUGCGAUCGUUUCCGUCGCGUCAAACGCUCACUCCCCAGCAGUGUCGGUGACCAAUGCACCGGUGUUCGAUGAUUUUCCACUUGGGAACGUUCGUCGUGUGACUGGCGUUUCUGGGGUAGGAAUGGUGGGAGUUCCCUCAAUGGGUGUAGGCUCUGUGCCAGUGGCAAACAGUGGUGUACUGCCUGGGGUCGUGAGCGUUAACAAUGUAACUGGAGUAGGCGCAGUACCUGGAGUAACAGGGGUGCCAGCACUGCCGUCUAUGGUCGAAUACAACUUGCAACAGUUGGCAAGUAUUGCCGAAAAGGACGUCCCGCCACCCCCGCACGCUUCCCCCGCUCCAUCAUUCACAUUAGCCGAAUUACUGGCUGGUGAUUUGAACUCUCCACACGCAUACAACAACUUGCAAGCUUUAGCCAAACUUGGGUUGAAUACAGAGGUCAACGGCUAUGGUGGCGUCGGGGGCGUAAACGCUAUUAGCUCUGUCGGCCCUCGGGGCGUGUCCCCUGGUCGUCCGCUUUUAACAGCAGCUGAAGAAGCAGCCUUAGUCGCGCCACCUGCCCCACUCGUUCGGGCAACGAAGGCCACACCCAUGCAUAUUAGAUUUAAAUUCGGACAACUCGGAGGUGGCAAGGGCCAGUUCAACUCCCCCCAUGGAUUCUGCCUUGGAAAUGAUGAAGACAUCAUUGUUGCGGAUACCAAUAAUCACCGGAUUACUGUGUUCGACAAAGCCGGCAAUCACAAGUUCAAUUUCGGUGUAGCGGGUAAAGAAGAGGGCCAAUUGUGGUACCCCCGUAAAGUGGCUGUGGUCCGCGCCACAGGAAAGUUUGUUGUCUGUGACCGUGGCAACGAGAGGUCCCGAAUGCAGAUAUUUACUAAGAAUGGGCACUUUUUGAAGAAAAUUGCUGUUCGGUUCAUCGACAUAGUAGCUGGCCUGGCAGUGACAGCCGAAGGUCUAAUAGUAGCAGUGGAUAGUGUGACUCCAACUGUAUUUAUUCUAUCUGAGGAAGGUGACCUCAUGAGUUGGUUCGACUGUAGUGAGUGUAUGCGGGAGCCUUCCGACAUUGCUAUAAGCGGCAAAGAAUUCUACGUAUGCGACUUCAAGGGUCACUGCGUUGUCGUCUUCGACGAUGAGGGCAGGUUCCUUCGUCGCAUCGGAUGCGAGAACGUGACCAAUUUCCCCAACGGGAUCGAUGUCUCGGACGCCGGAGACGUGCUGAUUGGCGACUCGCACGGGAAUAAGUUUCACGUGGCCGUGUUUUCGCGGGACGGGGUUUUGGUCACCGAGUUUGAGUGCCCCUAUGUCAAGGUGUCUCGCUGCUGCGGUCUGAAGAUAACAUCCGAAGGCUACAUCGUUACCCUGGCGAAGAAUAAUCACCACGUUCUAGUCCUCAACACCCUAUAUAUUGUUUGAGGAACAACUCAAUGGCUGUAAGUCGUACACAAGAUCUCACAUUGAUUCCCUAUUUUAUAAUUUGAUUGCUGAUUUUACAUUGCUUAACAGUAUUUGACUAAUUGUUAUUUUUUUUUUAAUUGUUAAAUUCACUUAACGUUGUCCAUUCGCAGUGAAAUCUAUUCGUUUCGGCCUCACUGCAUAAGAACUGAUUUUUUUGGUUUCGCAUUUAGUUAUAGUAACAGAAAAUCCAAAGUUUAGGCUAAUUUGAUUUUUUUGUUUUUGCAUCCGGUUGCUUCAUACUUGGUUUGGACAAUAUGUAAGAUUGUUCCGUCGUCGAAGUGGCUCAGUCCUACCGAGUAUGACUAUGGACCAGUGACUGGAUUAUUUUAUAUCUAAAUUAGCAGCUAUGGUUCCUAGUUCGAGUGAAGUAAUGUCAAUUAGGUUCUGAUGGGGUGUCGCCUCGCAGACGAAUCGAACAUUAUUGCUUGUAGUCUCAUUUUAUUGCCCGCGGGCGAUAAAGGCCAUGCGUUUACGCACAAUUGAUUUAAUCUUUUUAGUCUUUGACCAAAGGAGGCGACACGAAAACGUGCCAUCUAGUUUAGGUUUAAUCGCUUAUACAAUAUUAUAUAUUGUCCGUUAAAAUAUAUUUACCUUUUACAGAAAUUCUUGUGUCUAUACAAAAUGUUUUUCCAUGUACUCUUGUUUUGAGAGCCUAUAUUUGAACAUUUUUUCGUGGUUAGGCGGUUAAGGAACACAUUCUUUGGUAAUUGCCACUGUAAAUACAAAUUAUAUAUAUAGUGGUAUUUAAUAGUUUAUGUGGCAUUUUCAUGUAACUUAUCGAUAUUUCGAUUAUUUCCCUUUUUCAUAGCAUUAGGUAAGUCACAAAGUUGAUUAGCGGGUUUGAACGCUUAUAUAUGGGUUAAUAAUGAACAAAUAGACUAUUAAACUAUACGUUCGUAAUAUCCAUGAAUGUGCCAUCUUAACCUAUUUAAUUUCUACUAGUUAUCAUCGAAAUUACUGUUUGACAAAGUAUAUAUUUUUUAUAGCGAUCCAAGUUAGACAUUUUUGGAAAGUUAACUCUUAAAAGUUAGAUGGUAGUUUAAUAUCCUGCUAUAUAUUGUUUUGGAAUAAUGAUAGCCCUUUCGUGGUCUUCCAAUAUCGGCAUUAAAAUAUUUUAUUUGAAUUUAUUUGAACCAAAUUUAACAUGGUUGAUGGAUUAGACGGGGAUCAUUAUUUCAGCAAGAAGUUCUUUCUAAAUUGAUAAGUACUUACACAAACCACCUAUAUUUGAGUGUGAUAUUUUGUUGAUAUAUUAUUUUUUACGAUGCUCUCUAGCCCCUAUAUAAAACAAGAUUUGCAAUUAUGAACCUCAUUUAUAUAUGGCUUCAUUUUUUUGAGUUCCUUCAGCCUAGUGCAAAAGUUUACUGUUCAUAUGAUGAGCCAUACACUUAUACCUUAGCCGGUCACAUUUAUUAUAUCGUAAGUAUAUUGUACUUAAUUAGUCGGUAAUAUUCGUUUGUAUUGGAACAGUAUAUGGCUUCAAUUAGAGACAUUUAAUGUGAUAUGAGCAAUAAUGGAAAACCGUCGAGAACCAACACGAGUCAACAUCCGACGUCACAUCCCGUGACCGCAUCGGCUUUGACGCUUUGAUUUAUUUAUUAGUAGCUUUCGGGUUUUUUUUUCUUAUUGUUUUUAAGUUAUUUGUUUCAGGAUUUUUUGUCCCGUUAAUAUUAGGGAAUUUUAUUUUAUUUUAUUAUUUGAACUAAGCAAAUAAGUCUGCGAGCGUUGCGGUUUUUAAUGUGUGAUUAAUACUCGUUUAUUAAUUUUACUGUAUUGUUUUAAUUGUCCCUGGGCCUAUAUUUAACUAGUAUUUAUGGCCAGUGCGUAAGGCCUUAGCGUUACGAAUUUUAACUGCCAAAUUGUUUUCUUACUAUAUUUGUGCAUGCACAUAAUUAUUAUUUUAUUGUAUAGGUAUUUGUAUAAAUUAGUUAGUAGUUGUUGCCAAUUUUCUUUUUGUUUAAAUAUUCAGGGUUUUAAUAUUAUUAUAAUGUUCAAUAUUUUAUUUGUUGUCCAUUGGUCGAAAUUUGUGUGUGUUAGUCUCGUAAAAUUUUACAGAAAUACAAAUAGGAGCCCCAAAGGGAGCGUUUGACGCUAUUAAUAAUAUUGCUUAGAGUUGCAUAAAAUUAUUAAAAAAGUGGUGUGAUAAGUUUUGGAUAAUUUUACAAAUUAUACUAUUUUAUGUGUGAAUUUCAAUAUUGAUAAAUUUAAAGUACGCAUUAGCAAUAACACGACGGCAUCGACAUUUAUUCGGCCGUAUGUUUGGGAGUAUUAUUUUAAAAUACAUUAAAUAUUAUUUGAUGUAAACAGUUGACGAGAGUUUCCUUUUGUUCUUGCCAUGUAUCUUAUGUAGGUGUCGAAGUAGAGGUUUUGUAGGAGAUAGAAUUUUUCAAUUAUUGAUGUAUACAGAGUUGUGGGAGCGAUGGUGUUAUUUAGAGUCGUUAGUUAGAAGUGUGGCGGUUAUUCGCUGCGUCUAUUUGGCUGUAUAUUUAUGCUGUUACGAAUAAGCACUGUCAUGAGGUUACUGGCAGGUCAAAUGGUAUCUAUUGUCCAUUGACGUUACACGAUAAUAAUUGUAUCAUUAGAGUACAUUACAGUAGCCUUUCUUGGAAAUCUUAAAGUUACCUAUAUCUACCUAUAUACACGUAAAGCGAUUUUUGGUACAUGUAUUUCUCUUCUAUAUUCCCUUAUGUAUCCAGCAAUAAAUUCGGUAGAUGUAGUUGACGCCGUUUGGCAUUGACGCUGUACGCCCCGAGGUCGAUCGCUC